GCUACUAUGGAUGUUGUGGGGGAAAUUACUUUCCUUCCUUCCCUUGAUAUUUAUUGACUACCUGUUUUGCCAGUCAUUGGAGAUACAAAGAUCAACUCAGACAAGGUUCCUGCCCUAACAAUACAAUGACGAAAACAGAAAAUGAAAAAAGCAAUGAGAAAUGUUCUGAUAAAGUACGGUGUUCUAGGAGCACAUAUACUUUGAGAGCUGUGGAGGCUUUUUGCUCCACAAGGAAGAGCAUGACUAUAUGAAAGAAGAAGAAGGCGUUCCUGAAGAUGAGGCGACUGAAUCGGAAAAAAACCUUAAGUUUGGUCAAAGAGUUGGACGCCUUUCCCAAGGUUCCUGACAGCUAUGUAGAGACUUCGGCCAGCGGGGGUACAGUUUCUCUGAUAGCGUUUACCACUAUGGCUUUAUUAACAAUAAUGGAAUUCUCAGUGUAUCAAGAUACAUGGAUGAAGUAUGAAUAUGAAGUAGACAAGGACUUUUCUAGCAAAUUGAGAAUUAAUAUAGAUAUUACUGUGGCCAUGAAGUGUCAGUAUGUUGGAGCAGAUGUGUUAGAUUUAGCAGAAACAAUGGUUGCAUCUGCAGAUGGUCUAGUUUAUGAACCAGCAAUAUUUGAUCUUUCACCACAUCAAAGAGAGUGGCAGAGGAUGCUGCAGCUGAUUCAGAGUAGGCUGCAAGAAGAGCAUUCACUUCAAGAUGUCAUAUUUAAAAGUGCUUUUAAAAGCCCUUCAACAGCACUUCCACCAAGGGAGGAUGACUCGCUGCAGUCUCCAGAUGCGUGCAGGAUUCACGGGCACCUCUAUGUCAACAAAGUAGCAGGGAACUUCCACAUAACCGUGGGCAAGGCAAUUCCACAUCCCCGAGGCCAUGCACACUUGGCAGCUCUUGUCAACCAUGACUCUUACAAUUUCUCUCACAGAAUAGAUCAUUUGUCUUUUGGAGAACUUGUUCCGGGAAUCAUCAAUCCUUUAGAUGGAACUGAAAAAAUUGCUAUAGAUCACAACCAGAUGUUCCAGUAUUUUAUUACAAUUGUGCCAACAAAGCUACAUACUUAUAAGAUUUCAGCAGAUACCCAUCAGUUUUCUGUGACAGAAAGGGAGCGCAUCAUCAACCACGCUGCGGGCAGCCACGGCGUCUCGGGGAUAUUCAUGAAGUACGACCUCAGCUCUCUGAUGGUGACAGUGACUGAGGAGCACAUGCCGUUCUGGCAGUUUUUUGUGAGGCUUUGUGGCAUAGUUGGAGGGAUCUUUUCAACAACAGGAAUGUUACAUGGAAUUGGGAAAUUUAUAGUUGAAAUAAUUUGCUGUCGUUUCCGACUUGGAUCCUCUAAGCCCGUCACUUCUGUCCCUUUUGAGGAUGGCCACACAGACAACCACUUACCUCUUCUAGAAAACAAUGCGCAUUAGCACCUCCUGAAGGAAGGAGAAGAACUUUUUGCCUGAGACAUAAAACCUUUUUUAAUAAUAAAAUAUUGUGCAAUAUAUUCAAAGAAAAGAAAAUAUGAAUAAGAAGCAGAAAACACACUUAUUUAAAAAAGAAAAAAAGGAAAAAAAAAACCCCAAACUGAAAUCCUGUGUAUGUUGUAUCUGUUACAAAUGUCCUAGAAGAAAUGAUGCAGCCGAUCAGUGAGUCAGCCCAGGGGAGUACCGCUUUGAAGAUGGCCCCGGCGGGCAGCACUGCAAUGAGAACUUACUUGCCGAUGACAAAAAGCCCAAGGAAGGAAGUGAAACCCACCUAAAGAAAAAUGGCACUGCCCAGUGCAAAUGUUUGCGUCCUCUUGUUUUUAAGAUACGAUGUCAGAAUAAAGUAUGUAAAACGUAUGGAAAACUAGUCUAGACUUUAAAAAUUGUAAUCAGGUCACGUUGUUAAUAAAGAAAAACAGGGACUAGUCUCUAUAAUUAGCCAUAUUCAUGUUAAGCCAUAUGGACAAGACCAUUUAUCCAGUCAUUUGGUCCGAUGAAGCUAAUUGCUUUCCCUUGAACUGUGGUUGUUGCUUUUUCUCUAAGUGUUCAGCAUAGUGUCUUGGAAGACAACGGUGAAUGCUCUGGGCAGGUGUGAAGGUGCUGUGAGAUGUGACAGGUGUCAUUCACAAGUUGUAUGCUGGAGACUUCGACAGGGAGAAGAAAGCACAUUUAAAACAAACGUUAAGUCUCCAAGUCUGAUCCUUUGCAUCUUGCAAAGGGCACAGGGUGAAUGAAAAGACCCACUGCUGGUGGUGAAAAUGAUCAGCUCGUACAGUAUUAAAAGGAAAAGUAGACUAUUUUUCACAUGUGAUGAGUAGGGAACAAGCCAACUGUAAACUUUUAUAUACAACAGACGUCAAGGCAGAUUCUAAGUACUACAAGAUCUCGUCCCAUCUGAGAGGUGCCAUAUUAAACCAAUGCCUGCUAAUCUGUAAAACUGGAUUAUGAAAAAAGUUUUUGCAUUCAGGGUAUCCUGAAUGUAACUAACUCUGUAUUAGAUUGUGUAGUUCUAACUUUCUUCCUAAUUUAUGAGUUAGUUUGAAGUUUCUAGAGUAUAAAAGAUAAAAAAUAAUGAGAGGGUGCUAUCUUGCAGAUGCCAUUAAAAACUGUAUUUGAAAUGUG